AUGACUUCGUCAACAUCCAACCUGCUCACCCCAGAUCUCACUCCAUCCCACUCCAUCACCUCAUCCCCUUCGCUUCCGCCGACACCGGACAGCCGCCAUCUCGACAUCGUCAUCGCCCACUACAAUGAGUCCCUGGAUUGGCUGUCAUCCUAUGGUAACGUCGCCUCGGUGUACAGCAAAGGCCAAUCCCCGCCCAAUCCGUCUCUCUACCGAGAAACUCAGGCACUCCCAAACUGGGGUCGUGAAUCCCACACCUACCUCCAUCACAUCGUCCACAACUAUGACUCCCUCGCAGACGUGACGCUCUUCCUGCAGGGCAACAUCCACGGCACUAACGAUGGUACACCCGCGCACACUGACCUCACACUGGAUGAGAUUGUAGGCAUGGCAAAGCGCCUGACAGAUCUCCCAAAUUUGACGGCGUGCGAAGACUUCCAAGCGCAGAAUGAACCUCAAGGCUGCGUUCUGCCUCUCGGAAAGAUCAACACCUUCUCCGACUGGGCCGGUGUCAAGUACCUACCGUCCUGGGUCGAACGACGCGGGAAUGGUCUCCACCUCAGCAAGUACACACCCGAGCAAUUCUUCAACUACUUGAUCAACAGCACGACCGACAAGACGGAUGCCCGAUGGACAACCCCACCAAGCGAGAUCCGAUGGACGCAGGGGGCGUUAUUCGCCGCCACACGCCACGCCGUCCAGCGACGGUCACGGGAAGUGUAUGUACGGGCGUAUGAAUACUUCCACGGCUUGGAGGACGUCAAUCCAGAAGAGGGACACUACAUGGAACGUUUCUGGCUCUGUCUUCUCGGCGCACAUAACUCGGUCCAACAAGUUUCGCGGGGGUCUCAUAUUGGGAAGGUCAAGGGAUCCGUUGGGGACGGUUCUGAUAAUGAUCGUGAGGUGGAGGAGGAGGGGAUAUUCGUGCUUGAGGCGUGA